AUGACCCAGAUGUCAUCAUGCCAGCACCCGGUGGGGACGCCACAGUGGGCACCACAGUCCACGUACUACAACCUGGGUCCGCUGCAGGUCACCGGAUCGACCCCGGCCGCCAGGUGCAGGGCAGCUGCUGCGGUGCCGCUGGUUGUAGAUCCCAGCUGUGGCAGCGCAGCUGGCGGCACUUGGCGCGAGGUGGUCGGAGCUGCCGGGCCCAUCUACGGUAAAGCCCCGGUAGGGAGCCACGAGGCAGGAGCUCUUGAAAAAUCCCCGGAUCUUGAGGCGGGUAACGGCUCCCCCAUAUCAGAGUGGUACUUCUCGUUGAAGACCAGUAAGGGCUACUGCGGCCUGGUGACUGCUACAGCCGCCGCUGGGGGUAAUGGCUACGCCAUUGCUUGCAAUAACAAGUACCCACAGUACGGCUCUUCGUUUGCGGUGCUACUGCCGGACGGCGGCGUCAGCAGCGACGGUGGCGGCGCGGCGGCAGCAGCAACAGCAGCAGCAGCAGCAGGGAAUGCCCUACAGAAGCACGGUGGCGGCGGCGGCACCGACGGCAGCCUCCUGACCGACGCGUCGGCGCCUGUUGUCGUAACUAGCGGCCAGGCUGUACGACUACUAUCUAGAAGUGCCGGGUUAUGUAACUCGCCGCCGGCAUUGCUGCAGUCGCCCCGGCCUGAUCGCGCAGUGGCAGCACCGCCGCCGCCGGCGACCCCUCGGCUGACGGGGACGGUUUACGAGCCGUACGCGUGGGACUCAAUUGUACUGCAGGCAGCUCGUACUGCUCAUUUAUGGCUGGAUGUGGUACGGUGCGGGGUGGCGAGGACAAUGCGGUGUCACAAGGGAUACUCCCCCGGGGGGCGCGAGCAGGGUAGCGGCGCCGCCGACGUCAGCAGCGGCCCCUGCGGCGGCAGCUGGUGUCGGUGGUGGUGUGAAGGUUGCCUCCGGGGCCGUACGGCGGGGGCCAGCGGCAACGGCAAGAAAGAAGACGAAGACAAUGGCUACGGCGCCGCUAGCGCCGUCGUCGGGGAUGCACCGCCGCGGGCCGUCAUCUGCUCGCUGGGCCAGCCGCCCACGGUGUCGUACAAGAUCUUCAAGUCCGAUCUGAAGGACGGCGCCUCUGUGGAUCUCGAUAAGGAGUGGAUCUAUCUCCGGGAGGGGGACAAGUACUGCACGCUUGCCGAUGUCGCGGGCCUGAGUGCCGCCAUCUCCUGCCACCUGGACUACCCGGGCUGGUCGGGAUACAAGUUCCAGCUGCAGACGAUGUCGUACCCGCGAUCGCAGCUGCACUCGCUGCUGACCGGGUCGCCCUGCGGGGUGCGGCUGCCGGGGCUGUCCGGGCCCCAUGACGUGGUGUGCCAGGGGGGGGAGCAGGAGGGUCGCGAGGCGGAGGUGGAGCUGGUGCUGCAGACCCCUGGGUCGGUGCUGGCGGCGGGUGUGGUCGUAGGCAUCUCCACCUUCAGCCCCGGCCUUAUGGGUGCAGAGCUGCAGCGGUGCUGCGCCCUCACCGCGUCCCCCCACAUCCUCCUCUGCGAGCCGCCCCCGCCGGCAUCCGUGCCCGUGGCUAACGAAUGCUGGUUCCAAAUGUACGACGUAAAGAUUGAGUCGCCGACGCCGUCGCCGCGCAACGGCGGAGCCGCCAGGGAAGAAAUUAACGGCGCAGCGGCGGCGGCGGCGGCGGCGGCGGGUGACGGUGAGACGCCCAGCGGCCCAGGGGUCGGUACCGCUACAGCGCUGAAGGAGCCCCAUCACGCUGCGGCGCGUGUCCGUGGCAGCUCCCGUUUCGGGUCUUUCUUGCUGUCGUUCCUGCGAUCCCUGCAGCAGGAGAUGUCACCAGCAGGCCUGGAUCCGGAUCUUAUCUCCGAGUACGCCGCAUCAGAUUUCCUCCCUCUGGAUUCCGAAUCCAAUGCAGUUGCCGGGAGCCAGGAGGACGCUACUGCGGACGCCGCUGCGGGCGGCAGCAGCAGCAGCAGCCCCCUCGCGCGCUGGUGGUCGGAAGAGCAACGGCGGCGGCUUCUGCCCUUGCCGCGUAUAAGGUUGGAGGUGGUGAGGCGGGUAGAAGCGGCCGGGGACGAUACUGAGCAGGGGCAUGAGGAUGGGGGGAAGGGGGGAGAAGGGGAAGCAUCGCGGAGGACGAUAUUGGGUGUAUCCGGGGGAGCCGCACGCCGGCUGCACCACCGGGACUCGGACUUGGACUUGGACGGCCAAGGCGGCCCGCAGGCCCAGGUAGUGGUGCAAUGCAAUGACGGCGGCGAUGUCAGCGGAGAUGGCGGCGGCGGCCGCCAGCCAUCGGCGGAUAGCGCGGCGGCGGCGGCGGCAGCGACGGCGAUGCAGAGCACCGCCGCUGUCCAAGGAGCAGCAGCAGCAGCAGCCGGAGCGCUGUGGCGCAGCGAAGGAGCGGUGGCGGUGGCGGCGGCAGCGGAGUGGGUGGCGGCGGUUCCACCGGCGCAAGGACAACAGCGGCGGGGCGCAGGGCGCUGGGAUUGGCCCUGGUCGUGGGUUGUGGGCGCCGCUGCGCCGCUGGGUGACGGGUCGCUUGUGAUGCUGCUGAGCCGAGCGUUCGGGCGGUACUGCUCCGUCAGCUUGGACGGCACGCUGCUGUGCGUGAGUGCGCAGGCGUCCAAUGCGUCACGGAACCUGUUCACGCUGAUCAUGCCGCCAGCCGCCAGCCAGGCCGGCCGGGCGACUGUGGUGGCGAUGGAGCCCUAG